CUAAACGGUGGCCAAAACUUCGUUGGUAUAUUAGCGUGAUGAUGAUGAACGUUCAAAAGAUCUUGACUGAAGCUGGAUCAGUAUACAUGGACUCGACCACGUCAGCUAUACUAUUUGCAGUGAUGAUGUUGGCUAGUUGCUCGGUAGCCUCAAUUUUUAUCGAUAGAUUCGGAAGAAAAGUUUUAUUAAUAUUAUCAGGCGUCCUAACAGGCAUUGCGUUAUUAGCAAUAUCAAUUUAUUUUCAUCUAAAAUACUUGAACUAUGACGUGCUUCCUAUAAGUUGGUUACCAGCAGCCUGCGUUAUGAUAUACGCAGCUAUAUUUGAGAGGCUGAUAGCAAAAGUGGGUUUAGGUCUAGUACCUAUUGUCAUUACAGCGGAAAUAUUCCCCACAAAUGUCAAAGCAAUGGGAAUGACAUUGGCAGAUGUAAUUUAUGUGGUAGCUGCGUCGGCAUCAAUCAAUUUGUAUAAUUUUUUAUAUAACAGCUUCGGUAUACAGAUGCCUUUUUACGUGUUUAGUGCAGUCAGUUUUUUCCGGAAACAAAAGGGAAGACUUUGGAUGAAAUUCAGUACUUAUUGA